GCUGCGUUUCAGUGCGGCUAAACCCUAACCCCUAAACCCAUUCGGCUCAGUCCGAGUUUUCACUAGAGCGAGAGAUGAAGCCGGGAAAGAGGUCUGGCGGAACAGGAGGAGGGAGGUCGUCGUUUUCCGAUAGAAGGCUGAACGAGUUUCGGACUCGGCUGGAGUCGUCCACCGAGUUAGACCACAGGUCCUCCGUGGACGAAAUCGUUGACCAUCUCCGCGGCGGUUACCCGGACUACGAGCGACUCAAGCGUCAGGUUUUCAGAAGGUUCGUCUCGCAAACCCUAGCCUCUCCCUCGUUCAAGCGCUCGAAGCCCCUACUGGUUAUGAGCGGCUCAUUGGAAGAAGAAGAAGAAGAAGAGGAGCUGGCCGGAAGUAAGAGGCGGAAGCGUGCUCGGAAUGAGAGGGAAGAGAGACUGCAGCAGAUAGAGGAAGCGCACGUUCGGAAAAUUAGGCAGAGCAAUGGUAAUGUGCCGUCUUCAUCGUCGUCGUCAUCGUCAGCUUCGGAGGACGAAGGAGAUGAGGAGUCUACGUCGGAGGACGCGAUAUACGGCGAGGAAUUGGAGCCGAAGUUUGAUUUGAUGAAAUCGAUGCUGCGGGAGGCGUAUACGGAUCCGAAAAGCGGCGGGAAAUCCAAGGCGGCGGAGCAGCAGAAGGAGAAGAAUGUGGAAAUGGAUAUUCCAGGGCGGGAGAAGGUUAAAUUAGUGGCCGGAAGUAGAGGGCCGAGGCCGGAGAGUGUGUCGAAUAAGGCCGAAAGUGAGGCCAAGAGCUCUAUUUCGAGAGGUGCUGAGGUGAAGAGGAAUGAGGGGCCGAAGUUUAGUGACUUGGGUGGAAUGCAGAAAGUGCUGGAGGAGCUGAACAAGGAGGUUAUUAGGCCGCUUCGCCGGUCGUGGCUGCCGCAGUGGCUCGGAGUUAGGCCAAUGUCUGGGAUUUUGUUGUGUGGACCGCCGGGGUGUGGGAAGACUACUUUGGCUCAUGCCAUUGCCAAUGAGACUGGCAUUCCCUUCUAUAAGAUUUCGGCCACUGAAGUGGUCUCGGGAGUUUCAGGUGCAUCUGAAGAAAACAUACGAGAUCUUUUUUCAAAAGCAUAUAGAACUGCCCCUUCAAUUGUCUUUAUUGAUGAAAUUGAUGCAAUUGCUUCGAAAAGAGAAAAUAUGCAAAGGGAAAUGGAGAAGCGAAUGGUUACACAACUGAUGACUUGUAUGGAUCAAUCUCAUAGACCAGUACAGGCGGAAGAUGCAAAUUCUGACUCACAAAGUUCAGAUCAGGCAUCUGGCUAUGUUCUUGUUAUUGGAGCCACGAAUAGGCCUGAUGCUGUUGACCCUGCUUUAAGGAGGCCUGGGCGAUUUGGUCGUGAGAUUCUUUUGGGUGUUCCGGAUGAAAAUUCAAGGCUUGAGAUUCUGUCUGUGCUUACUCGCAAGCUAAAACUUGAAGGUUCUUUUGAUCUUCUAAAGAUUGCUAGGUCCACACCAGGGUAUGUUGGAGCUGAUUUGGCAGAGCUGGCCGACAGGGCAGGUAACAUUGCCAUGAACAGGAUUUUUGAUGAAAUUGAUUCAACCAUUGAGGAAGGCAAGGAAGAUUUCUGCCGGCAACCUGAAGAAAUGGAAAAAUAUGCCAUCAGUAUGGCUGAUUUUGAGGAAGCAGUUCAAGUUGUUCAACCUUCGUCAAAAAGAGAGGGAUUCUCGGCAAUUCCUAAUGUGAAAUGGGAAAAUGUUGGUGGGCUAGAUCUCUUGAGGAAGGAAUUUGACCGUUACAUAGUUAGGCGUAUCAAACAUCCUGAGAACUAUGAGAAAUUUGGAGUAAAUUCAGAGACAGGUUUCUUGCUGUAUGGGCCUCCCGGAUGUGGAAAAACACUAAUAGCAAAGGCCGUUGCUAAUGAAGCAGGAGCCAAUUUCAUUUAUAUCAAGGGCCCUGAACUUCUGAAUAAAUAUGUUGGAGAAAGUGAACUGGCAGUCCGGACAUUAUUUACUCGUGCAAGGACAUGCUCACCAUGCAUACUUUUCUUUGAUGAGGUGGAUGCUUUGACAACAAGGCGGGGAAAAGAAGGGGGGUGGGUUGUUGAGCGGUUAUUGAACCAGUUACUUAUAGAGUUGGAUGGUGCAGACCAGCGGCGGGGUGUAUUUGUUGUUGGUGCCACUAAUAGACCUGAUGUAAUGGACCGUGCCUUUUUACGGCCGGGUAGGUUUGGUAAACUAAUUUAUGUCGCCCCGCCCAACACAGAUGAGCGUGGUUUGAUCUUGAAAGCUAUAGGAAGGAAGUAUCCUGUUGAUGCAAGUGUAGAUCUGGGUGAGAUUGGAAAAUGGAAGGCUUGUGAAAAUUUUAGCGGAGCUGAUCUUGCUGCACUGAUGGAUGAAGCUGCUAUGGCUGCUCUUGAAGAGAAAGAGACAUCAGCCGAGAGUUCAGAUGCAUCUUCGUGGACAAUUAAAGAAACUCACUUUCAACCAGCACUGGCAAAAAUCAUACCAUCUCUAACAGAAAGGCAACUUCUAUACUAUGAGAGAUUUGGAGAGAGCCUCAAGGCUCCAAGAAAUGAAACAUGACACACGUGUCCCAAUGUUGUGAAUGUCAAUAUAGAGCAUAAGGGAAAUUUUUGAUCCCGGUCCCAAAUAAUCAUUUUUUUGCUUUCUUAAACUAGUCCCUCGAAAAGUACGUUUACUCGAGUUUGACAGAAGAAAGUUUUGGUUCUAGGAAUAGUUUUACUGUCAACUGUAUACCAACCAUGGUAAUUUACCUCAUCGCUGAAAAGGCGCAGGGUGAUAAUUUUAUUAUGUACAUGAAUCAUGUUGGCGUCUGCUUCCUGGAAGUAAAACUAAAAGGGAGUGAUUUUUGACAGAUGCCUAAUCGGCCUGAAAACGAAAGCCUUCUAAUA